AUGGUUGCUGCUCCAGUUUCCACUCUAUUUGCAAAGCCAGCCAAGGGUGGGGGGUAUCAUCAGCUAAAGAUUCGAGAUCCGAAUAUUCUGAAAACUGCUUUCAGGACUUGUCGGGAGGUUCAUAAGCAGCAUUUAAGGAUUAUAGUCCAGACCUUGAGAGGGAAGACGUUAUAUGGAAAAUUCUCAAAGAGUGAAUUCUGGCUUGAUUCGGUUAGGAACGAUGACUUUUGGUGGCGAGCGAGGCGUGCACGUGCAAAUAGUGAAGAACAACCCGAAGGAGGGGAUUUCAAUGGUCAUAUUGGGGAGACCGCAGGUGGGUAUGACAAAGUGCAUGGAGGCUUCGAUUUUGGGGAGAGGAAUGAAGGAGGAACCUCGUUAAUGGACUUUGCUAAGGCUUUUGGGUUGGUAAUUGCAAACUCUAGCUUCCCGAAGAGGGAGGAGCAUUUGGUUACUUUUCAAAUUGCGGUGGCGAAGACUCCGAUUGACUAUCUCCUCCUUAGGAGGUGUGGCAGAGGGUUGUGCAAGGAUUGCAAGGUGAUUCCAUGUGAAAUACUCCUGACGUGA